ACAGCCGAUCCCUCCAAAACUGGCACUGCCGAGCCGCCUGCAGAGAGCUGUGAUGCCUCCGACAACAAGCCCGCAGAUUCCCAGGCCCCACCGCCGUCCGAGGGAGCAGCUACUUCCGGCACACCUGGUGACGCCAAAGCCGCCGAGGCAGGCUCAUCUGGAGGAGCAGGAACAGAGGCUCCGGAUGCGAGUCAGCCCGAAGCCAGUGGCGAGCAGCCGUUGCCCGAGGACGAGCGACCUGGUACUCGCGGCUCCCUCGUAGAUCUGGCCCGGAUCGAUGGUCUGGGCCAAAGCAACGACAUGAUAUACGAAGACAUCUCCGAGGCCGAGAUCGCAGUCGAUGACCAGGAGCAGGAGAUGGAGGUGGUUGCCUCGGUCUCGCGCACCCUGGUCUCGCCGGCGCCCAUGGACUACCAGGGCUUCACAUUCAUGAACGUCAACUACGAGCUGGAUCCGGACACACCCCUCGUCGACUUGGUGACGCCUCUCUCGAGAGCCGACUCGAUGCGGUCCUCUCCCGACGACGAAGCCCGAGCAGCAUCUCCGCAGCGAACACAAUCGCUGCAGGAGAACAUCCCCAUCAUUCGCCCCAGCACCCCCACCGAAGACGCCGGCACCAGCGACGCCAUCAAGGCUGUGGUCGGCGACGUCGUCAUCCCAGAGCUUACCAAGGCCAACGAAAUCAUUCUGGAAGCUAUCGACCGCGAUGAGGUGAUUUCGAACAUCAAGGCUAUCUUGGAGGUCAAGGAGAAGCUGCGGCUAAAGAACGAGGUUCUCCAGAAUAAGCUCGCCGAGCACUUCAAGCGCAAGCGGAGCGACGACACCCGAGAUACCGAGAAAUCGGUGGCCGACCAAGAACAACGCUAUGCAAACUGCAUGGCUUCCCUCGUCGAGCUCCGCAAGGAGUACGAAAACAUCAACACGAGCAACUCGCGCAUCGUCAACGACUACAAAAUCAAACUCGAGGAGAGGCUGGGCGAGGCCGAGGCUCGGGCGAACGAGUUUGCUGGCUUCAAGCGCUCGACCGCCCUCAGCUCCGAGAACUCGCGCACGGGCAAGUCCAUUCCGAUCAAGGUGCUGGACCAGCUCGAGGCCACGGAGCAGCGCAAGGAGAGCGAGGUUGUUGCCGUUCGUCUGGAAAACAUCAAGCUGCGGAACAAGCUGCGCCGCCACGAACAGCUCUUGAGGCAGAAGGAGGAGCUGGCGGACGGGCUGCAUCUGAUCGACUUUGAACAACUCAAGAUUGAGAACCAAACCUACAAUGAGAAGAUCGAGGAGCGCAACGAGGAGUUGCUCAAGCUGCGCAAGAAGAUCACCAACAUUGUCCAGGUGCUGACACAUGUCAAGGAGAAGCUACAGUUUGUCCAGGGUGAAAACAGUGAGCUCAAGAAACAGCUGCGCCGGCUGGACGAUGAGGUCUCGACCGAGCGGGACUGCCUGCCAACCGCCAAGCAGGAGCGAGACGGCCUGCGUUCCGAGAACCUGUCGCUGCGCCAGCACAACGGACUGCUGGGCAAUGUCCCGCUGCUGCGAGACUUUGAGGGCAAAGUGGACGAGACAGAAGGGCUGAAGAACAAGAUUGCCGAGCUUCGGUCGCAGCAUGCCGAGCUGUCGGCAGAGAUCCUGGUCGUCAAGCGCAAGAUCCAGCGGGCACAGAUGACGGCCUUGUAGCGACGAUCCGACCCACCCCUCGGCUCUGCCCCCAUUUCCCGCUGUCGCUCUUGUACUGCUGCCAGUCCUGUCCUGCUGCCAGUCUUGUCUUGUCUUGUCUUGUCUUGCUUUUGUUGUCUUGUCUUGACCUGUCCUGCCGUGGUGGCGCCUGUGCAGUGGGGCGAGAUGAUCCCGGGUCCGUGUGCACGUUUCGUUUCUCCUGGA